CAGCUUUGGUGUCUCUCCCUUUAAUCUUUUCUUUCCCGCCCCGCGCUCUCUCUCUUUUUCACUCCAUGGCAAUCAGCAUCUCUACAGUUUAAUUCUCUGCAGUGACUAAGGUAAAUGAAGGUAAGGAAUUACCUUAAUUUAUAUGGGUCAUCUACAACUGAAAAGAACCCUGGCUAUCACCUCUCUUCUUCGGACUGUAAUAUCGGGCUGGAUUUUUACGGGGGCAGAACGGAGUUGCAUUUUCUCCCUUAAUGUGGCACAUACAUGUUGUUGACCGUAUCCCAUGAAGUCCUUGCGGCGAGGAAAGAGUCAUGCAAUGCAGACAUCGUAAAGGCACACCACUGAGGAUGGAGUGAAGCAGGAAGAGCAGUGACACCAGAGGACCACGACAGAGACAAAACCACAGGAUAGUUACACAACAAGGUUAAACCUACAGCACAGGACCUGUCUUCCUGGGAUGGGGGAUUUGAAUAUUGGUGAUCUGAUUGGAGGGUGUGUGUUCCAUCAGCUGUCAUUCAUAAUCUGAGGGAGUGGUUUCACUGUGGCCGUGCAGGUGGGAGUAUAGGACUAUAGACACCUACUUCUCACCAACCUCAGCUGGAACAUGUCACGGCAAGGAGGAUUCACAUGGAUACCUUCGACUAUGGCCCGACCAUUAGCCGCCAUACCGCGAAUCUCUUGGAUUGUGGCUGUAGCUGCUUGGCUAGCUGUUGCUCAGGCGCAACAGCACCCUAUCGUCACCACAAACUAUGGCAAGCUGAGAGGCUCAAAAACACCGCUGCCCAAUGAGAUCCUGGGGCCUGUGGAGCAGUACCUGGGGAUUCCCUAUGCUCUUCCACCCACGGGGGAACGGAGGUUUCAGCCUCCAGAGCCGCCCAUGUCUUGGCCAGGCAUCCGAAAUGCCACUCAGUUUGCACCAGUCUGCCCCCAGUUUCUGGAAGACCGCUUUUUGCUUAAUGAUAUGUUGCCUGUAUGGUUCACCGCCAACUUGGAUACCGUAGUAACCUAUGUGCAGGACCAAAGCGAGGACUGCUUGUACCUAAACGUCUAUGUCCCUACUGAGGAUGUAGGAGCCAACACAUACAAUCAAGGCGAUGAUUUCACCAGUAAUGAGGGUGGCGAAGACAAAGACAUCCACGAUGAAAACGGUCUGAGGCCCGUCAUGGUGUACAUUCACGGAGGGUCCUACAUGGAGGGCACAGGAAACAUGAUCGACGGUAGCAUCCUGGCCAGUUAUGGAAAUGUCAUUGUGGUCACCCUCAACUACAGACUGGGAGUGUUGGGGUUCCUGAGCACAGGUGACCAGGCUGCCAAGGGGAAUUAUGGCCUGCUGGACCAGAUUCAAGCAUUACGGUGGAUCAAAGAGAACAUCCAGGCCUUCAAAGGAGAUCCAAAAAGGGUGACAAUAUUCGGAUCUGGAGCUGGGGCAUCAUGCGUUAGUUUGCUUACUCUCUCACACUAUUCAGAGGAUCUGUUUCAGAAAGCCAUCAUCCAGAGUGGAACGGCUCUGUCCAGCUGGGCUGUCAAUUACCAGCCGGCCAAGUACACCCGCAUGCUCGCAGAGAAGGUGGGCUGCAAUAUGCUGGAUACCAUAGACCUGGUGGAAUGCUUGCAGAACAAGAACUACAAGGAGCUGAUUGAACAGUACAUCACCCAGGCCAAGUACCAUAUCGCUUUCGGACCAGUCAUCGAUGGUGACGUCAUCCCAGAUGACCCACAGAUUCUUAUGGAGCAGGGCGAGUUCCUCAAUUAUGACAUCAUGCUGGGUGUCAACCAGGGUGAGGGUUUUAAGUUUGUGGAUGGGAUUGUAGACAGCGAAGACGGCGUCUCAGCAAACGACUUUGACUUUGCGGUGUCGGAUUUUGUGGACCACCUGUACGGUUAUCCGGAGGGUAAGGACACCCUCCGAGAAACGAUCAAAUUUAUGUACACGGAUUGGGCCGACAAAGAGAACCCGGAAACCAGGCGCAAGACAUUGGUGGCAUUAUUUACGGAUCACCAGUGGGUGGCCCCAGCUGUGGCUACGGCAGACUUGCAUGCGCAGUAUGGGUCGCCAACAUAUUUCUAUGCUUUCUACCAUCACUGCCAGAGUGAGAUGAAGCCCAGUUGGGCCGACUCGGCGCACGGAGAUGAGGUGCCCUAUGUGUUUGGGAUCCCCAUGAUCGGCCCGACCGACCUGUUCAACUGCAAUUUCUCCAAGAAUGAUGUCAUGCUUAGUGCGGUGGUGAUGACCUACUGGACAAAUUUUGCCAAGACAGGAGAUCCAAAUCAGCCUGUGCCUCAGGACACCAAGUUCAUUCACACCAAGCCCAACCGUUUUGAAGAGGUGGCCUGGUCCAAGUACAACCCCAAAGACCAGCUCUAUCUCCACAUUGGCCUGAAGCCCAGGGUCAGGGAUCACUACCGCGCCACAAAGGUGGCCUUUUGGUUGGAGCUCGUGCCACACCUGCACAACAUCAACGAGCUCUUCCAAUACGUCUCAACAACGACUAAGAUCCCGCCGCAAGACACAACGCCCUUCCCCUACACCAAGCGGCUGGGCAAAACGUGGCCAUCGACCACGCGUCACCCUGGUGUGCCGCCGCCAAACCCUAAGCAGACGACGGACCAGCACAAGGGAGGUGAGCCGGGCGACGAUACGUCAGUGGUGAUCGAGAACAAGCGGGACUACUCGACCGAGCUGAGCGUGACCAUCGCUGUGGGAGCCUCGCUGCUCUUCCUCAACAUCCUGGCCUUCGCCGCGCUCUACUACAAGAAGGACAAGCGGCGGCACGAGUCGAACCGGCGCGGGCUGAGCCCGCAGCGCAACCCGACGGGGGCAGCAGGUGCAGGGGGCAGCGCCGGCGCGGGUGGAGGGGCCGGAGCCAACGACGUGGCGCACCUGCAGAGCGAGGAGCUGAUGUCGCUGCAGAUGAAGCAGCAGCAAUUGGAGCAUGAGCACCACCAUGAGUGCGAGGCGCUGCAGGCCCAUGAGGCGCUGCGCCUGGCCUGCCCGCCUGACUACACGCUCACGCUGCGGCGCUCGCCUGACGACAUCCCGCUCAUGACGCCAAGCACCAUCACCAUGAUCCCCAACUCGCUGGCAGCCAUGCAGCCCUUGCACAACUUCAACGCCUUCGGUGGCAGCCAGAACAGCACCAAUCUGCCACAUGGGCAUUCCACCACCAGGGUAUAGCUCAGCGAAGCCCACCAUGACCACUGUUGCCCAUCCCCCCUUGGAACUGCCCCGAGGGGGGGAGGUCGGAGGGGAUUCGGACUCAGAAGUCGGAUGUCUCUCUCAUGGAUGAAAAAAUUUUAAUUUCCACUCGGAGACUGACUCAGUGUGGAGAAGAUAUUAUUUUGCUACAAUACCUUCUUGAAGAAGAUACAAGUCCAGUAUCACCUAUUUGUGGAAGUGAAUGUUACUAAAACUAACAGUGAACUUGGAGCCAAGCAUAGAGAGAACAAAGGAAUGUUUUACCAAAAGAAACUAUGAGCUCUUCAACAGGGACUAUUUUGCUUGCAUAAGCGACACGUUCAUACUAAGGAUAGCAGGCAUCAACGACCUGUGAAAGCUUUGUAUGUGUCAUAUUCUUUAUCCUAUAUCAAGAGUAACAGCUGACAUAGUGUGCAAGAACACUAUUUUGAACAACAGUGUCAUUCUACUUUUCCGAUGGUGUUGUCACAUAUUGGAUGAAGGAACUAAAUUCUAAAUUUCCCAGCCUGAAAUGUAUUUAUGACAAAUUUGUAAAGAUGACAAUUAUGUAAAUAGCUGUGGGUUAAAAAUCCAAUCCUAAAAGAAAUCGAAAAAGCUUUUAUUGUCGUUUUGGUUCAAAAUAUGACUAUUAAUGAGCUUGUGCUUUCUGUUGAAUUGACUGUAAAUAUUCGAAACAUAGUCAUUGGUUUAAAUUUCGGAAAUGUUUGUUUAACGCACUUAUUCCAGCACUCGGAUACCUAUAACCAUAGCCUUUCUCCCUGUGUCUCUUCAUCUUCACAUGUAUUAAAUAUUGUCUGCUGAAAAAUUGGCUCAUGCAGUAACCUCAAUAUGAAGGAUCGCUGUCUACAUUGACAAAAAAACCAUGAUACUGACAAAAAUGCCCCUUUAUGCUGAUCUAAGAGGAGUUUUUUACUUUUUCUAUUCAGACUCCUGGGCUUACAGCACUAUUAGAGUGUGUUUAAAGCCCUCCCUAUGAGUGAAGGGGAUGAGGAUAUUUUACAAUCUCUCAUUUUAUUCUUGCUAAUCACACAGUGAGGUACCCCCAAAAGCAAACAAACGCACAAAAAAAACUGGAACAUCAUGCUGUCACUCAAGCAUGUAUCUGCCAUGGGUUUCCUGUAGCCAAUCAGAUUCCACUUCAUUCUAGGCCUGAAUGUAACCUCUUGGUUUCCAGGUGUCAUGUGUCAUUGCAGAACUUGCCAAUGGAAAUCACAAGCAGCUCCAUGAGGGCAGAAAACAGCAUCCUGUGUCUGACCUGUGUUGGUCCCUGAGACUGUCUGUUUCACCCUGUGAUACCUUUAGCUUCUCCACCCCCCACCAACUCUUCUGUCACAUGCACCACUGCCUGAAUCAAAGCUAAGACCAGCAUUAUAAUCAUAAAAGGAAAAAAAAAACAAUGAAAAAAAUAACCAAGGCAGUGUUUUUGGUAUCUAUAUUAGUUGGAUAUGUUCGUAAAGAAGUAUAUGUUAGAUAUUUCUAUUUGUCAUAUGCUAGCAAUAUGUAAAGUAUUGUGCCAGGCUUGUGAUAUUUUUGGGUUACAACGCAAGUGGAUGAGUGUAAAUAAAAAUAAUUAUAAAUGCUAUAAAAAUCAUUAACCCUGAUAUUUUUAGUUCUGCAUCCUAUAACAAAAUAUCUUGAAAUUGCAAACAAAGAUUUAAAUUAAAAAAUGCUAUUGAAAUUUAUAAAGUUAAAUUUGUAUAUUGAAUCUAAAAUAUUCAUCAUAGCCUCUGUCUAUAAUUCAAGGGUGAAAUGUAGGAUUCUAAAUAAUAGUUUGUCCUAUAUUGGUUGCAGUUUUUGCCUUAAGUGAUAGAUGAUAUUUCUGGCUGGACACCUGUAUAAAAUUUUUCUGCAGCGUUUCUAAUAAAAUAUCACAGUAUUUUCUAAA